AUGAAUCUCAGGAGAACAACACAUAGCAAGACUAUUUUUACUCUUUUGGCAUGGCUUAGUUUUCUGGCUGGGGUGGGGCUAUGCACAGAACAGACAGCGCCUCUACAAAAAGAAGCCGCACAAAGUAUACUGAGAAGAAUUCUAGAAUUGCCCAAAGAAAGUAAUAGUGCAAAAGAGAUCAAAGGUGUGUGCGAAAAAAAUAUGCUGCUAUCACACAGUGAAAGUAUUAGUUCUAACGCCAGCACAGCGGAGUGGGAUGCGUAUAUUUCUCAUACAGAAGCUGGGCUGCAUUCAUCUGCGAUCAAUACUUCACCGGAGUGCUUUGAGAGCAUACAUACUAUAGAUGGAGUGCGUAUAGACGCUCUAGUUAAUGAAGUUCUUAUUAGUGGUGAACAACUACAGGGUGGGCCGUACUAUAAAGACCCAGUAAACCAGGACUUCAAUGGAAGCAUAUCUGGAAACCGCAGUAAUUACGGCAUGCAGAUGGAAAUGCUUAUGAAUAAAAAGUCUAGUUUGGACUCUAAGAAUCUAAUAUAUCAGGAAAAGUCCAUUGACCUGUCAAAUACACACCUUAGCACCAGACAGACUAUCUUAAUGCACAUCAAAGAGUCUUUGAGAAAUACCGGUGUAGAAGAAACCAUCAAGAAUUAUUACAAAUAUAAGAAGAAUUUAAGCUUGCCAGCAGGAAUGUACCAGGAAUAUGAUAAAAUUGCAGAAGAUGUUAAAGACCUAACUAAAGCACUAAGAAAUCUUCAGAGUCUAAGAAUAUGUAGUGUGAGCACGAUCAAAGAGGAGAUUCUUAAGGCCAAAAUCAUAAAUAGCAGCACAUAUGUGUCAAGAGAAAACUAUAUAUCCGUUUUGUCAAUGCUAAUAGAGAUUCAAAAGAUGUACUGUGAUCUACUAAAUAAAGACAUCGAAUAUGUAAACUGCCUGUCCAAUAAAGAAGGCAUACUGCACGCGCUGAGAACUAAAGAGGCAGAGGAGAGCAGGAAGAAAGAACAGACCCAGGAGUUGUCUGCGCUAGACGCUGUCAUAGCCGCACAUGCAGCUAGAAUACAAUACUACGAAAAGUAUAUAGAGCGCUUGGUUGCUAUACAGAGCUCUUUCAAAGACUGUCAAAUAAGAACUGGCGAGAUGCUGGGUGCAUAUAUUGAUCUCUACAUAGCAACGUGUGUGUAUGAAGCGCAGGUAAACUAUGUAUCCAUGGUUGGGCAUGAAUUAAGCAGAACAGAAGCCCAGUUUGAUAUGAGUCAUGCAAUCGCGGCACUUAAUAGCAGCCUGGGUCUGACAUAA